AGGAGCUUCUGAGACCGGGAGGAGUGCAAGAAGGACACCAUAUUCUCUGAUCUCCUGUGCUUUCUCCUGACACCAUGGGGAAAACCAGGUCUGCUCCACCAUGUCUUGUUCUAAUCAUUGUUUCCCUCCUGCCUACAGCUUCCUCAGUCCAUGAAAAACCGCAGUAUAUGGUGCUCGUUCCCUCCUCACUCCACAGUGAGACCCCUGAGAAAAGCUGUCUUCUUCUGAGACACCUGAAUGAGACAGUGACUGUAAGUGCUUCCUUGGAAUCAACCAAGGAGAAUAGGAGCCUCUUGAUGGCUGACAAGGACUUAUUCCACUGUGUCUCCUUCACUGUGACUCCCAGAUCCUCAUCUUCUGAGAAUGCUGUAUCCCUCUCUGUCCAAAUAAAAGGACCAACACAUGAAUUCAGGAAAAACACCACAGUGCUGGUGAAGAACGCGGAAAGUUCUGUCUUUGUUCAGACAGACAAACAAAUCUACACCCCAGGACAGUUAGUUAAGUUUCAAAUCGCCUCUGUGGAUAAACAUUUUCACCCACUGCAUGAGUUGCUAAGUCUUUUAUAUGGCUACUAUUACAUGUCAAAAGAGUAUAAAGAAGCCUAUCACACUGCUAAUCAUGUUUUCUUUAGCAAGAGCUAUGUCUACCUGGAGCCUGUGGCUGGUAUCUUGCCCGGCAGGCAAAUUUAGACAAUUCAGGCACAUUAUAUUCUGAAUGGACAGGUCCUGGGGGAGCUGAAGGAGCUUAUCUUCUAUUACCUGAUUAUGGCCAAAGGAAGCAUCAGCAGAACCCAUAUUCUCCACAUGGAGCCAGGACAAAUGAAAGGCCAUUUUUCCGUGUCAGUCCCUGUGGAGUCAGACAUCGCUCCCGUCACCGGAUUGCUAAUCUAUGACAUUUUACCUGAUGGGAAAGUGGUUGGGGAUUCUGCAAAAUAUGAGGUUGAAAAUAGUCUAUCCAACAAGGUGAGUUUGAACUUCAGCCCAGCACAGAGUCUCCCAGCCUCCCACGCCCACCUGAAAGUCACCGCUUCCCCUCAGUCCCUCUACACGCUCCACACCGUGGACCAAAGUGUGCUGCUCAUGAGUCCCGAGGCCGAGCUCUCCGCGGCCACGGUAUGUAAUCUACUAUCUGUGAAGGACAUCGUGGACAUCGUUCAGAGUUUCACUCAGCAGGCACUGUCAAAGGAAUGGGCACGAAAGCCUAGCAUAUUCUUUUCUUCCACUGUAAUAUUCAAAGUGGCCUUUCCUCAUGUGGAAAACACUGUGGUGAUUGGAAAUAUCCACUCAGAGCCGUUCGCUGAGACUGUGCGAAACUAUUUCCCUGAAACCUGGAUCUGGGACUUGGUAGUAAUAAACUCCUCGGGUGUGGCUGAAGUAGGAGUAAUAGCCCCCGAUACCAUCACUGAGUGGAAGGCAGGGGCCCUCUGCUUGUCCAGUGACACUGGACUUGGUCUCUCUCCAACAGCCUCUCUCUGAGCUUUUCAGCCCUUCUUCUUGGAGGUCACAGUACCCUACUCAGUGAUCCACGGAGAAGCCUUCACACUCAAGGCCACUGUGUUAAACUACCUUCCCAAAUGCAUUCGGGUGACUGUGCAGCUGGAAGCCUCUCCUGACUUUGUGGCUGUCCCAGUGGAGAAACAAGAUUCCUCCUGCCUCUGUGCAAAUGGGAGGCAAACCGUGCCCUGGUUGAAUACCCCCAAAUCACUAGGGAAUGUGAAUUUCCCUGUGAGUGCAGAGACACUGCAGUCCUCAGAGCUCUGUGGUACUGAGGUGGCUACGGUUCCUGAAACUGGGAGGAAAGAUACAGUUGUCAAACUUCUUUCAGUUGAGCCUGAAGGAAUCAAGAAGGAAUAUACCUUAAACUCUUCACAUUGUAUAUCAGGUAAGAAUGUUGGGGUAUCUGAAAAAUUGUCCCUGAAGCUCCCACCAAAGGUAGUGAAAGAAUCAGCCAGAGCCUCUUUCUCCGUUUUGGGUGAGUCACUCAGUUCUGCCAUAAAAAACACACAAAACCUUCUCCAGAUGCCCUAUGGCUGUGGAGAACAGAACAUGGUCCUGUUUGCUCCUAAUAUCUAUGCACUGAAAUAUCUGAAUGAAACCCAACAACUGACUCAGGAGGUCAAAUCCAAGGCCACUGGCCGUCUCAAUGCUGGUUAUCAGAGGCAGCCGAACUACAAACACAGAGGUGGCUCCUAUAGUGCCUUUGGGGACCAACAUGUCACAAAGGAAGGCAACACUCGUUAAGAAAAGCUCACAGCCUUUGUUCUCAAAACCUUCGCCCGGCCUCGAGCCUUCAUCUUCACUGAUGCAGCCCACAUUACCCAAGCCCUUGCCUGGCUCUCUGAGAAGCAGAAGAGUGCUGGCUGUUUCAGGAGUUCUGGGUCACUGCUCAACAAUGCCAUUAAGGGUGGAGUGGAUGAUGAAGUGACCCUCUCUGCCUAUACCGCCAUGGCCCUUCUGGAGACCCCACUCCCUGUCGCUCACCCUGUUGUCCACAAGGCCCUGGUCUGCCUCGAAUCAGCCUAGAAGAGAAUACAGGCAGAGGCCCGAGGCAGCCACAUGUACACCAGGGCACUGUUGGCCUAUGCUUUUGCCCUGGCAGGUGACCAGGCCUAAAGGAGAGAGUUACUGAAAUCACUUGAUGAGGAAGCAAUAAAAGAAGACAAUGCAAUGCACUGGGAGCAGCCUCAGAAACCCAAGGCACCAGUGGAGGAUAUUUACGAACCCCAGGUUCCCUCUGCUGAAGUGGAGAUGACAGCCUAUGUGCUCCUCGCUUACCUCACAGCCCAGCCUGCCCUGACCUCGGAGGACCUGACCCCCGCCACGCACAUCGUGAAGUGGAUCUCAAGGCAGCAGAACUCCCAGGGGGGCUUCUCCUCCACCCAGGACACAGUUGUGGCUCUCCAUGCUUUGUCCAGAUACAGAGCAGCCAUCUUUGCCAGAACUGGGAAGGCAGCACAGGUGACCAUCCAGUCUUCAGGGACAUAUUUCACGAAAUUCAAAGUGGACAACACCAACCGCCUGUUACUAUAGCAGGUCUUGUUACCAGACAUUCCUGGGGAGUACAGCAUAAAUGUGUCAGGGGAAGCAUGUGUGUAUAUUCAGACAGCUCUGAAAUACAGUGUUUUCUUGGAGAAGAAGGAAUCUGCAUUCAAUCUACAUGUACAGACAAUACUCCAAACCAAAGCCCACACAAGCUUCCAAAUCUCACUGGAAGUCAGUGUGGAUGGAGAAGGUUAUUUCUUCUUUGAGAUUUCAGAUGAUGGUAGGAGGCUGAAUUCAAAAAGAGAGGUGUGUGCAAAGGAAGAGAAAUGUAUAUGGGAGCAGGGAAAAGUAAGAAAAAUGGGGCAGAGGAAGCAGGAAAAUCAGAUGUUAGGGUUUCUGGGAGACCUUCAGCCUGUUAAUGUGGUGGAUUACAUUCAACGAUUUUCAAAUGUUGAACUAGCCUUGCAUACCUAG